CCUGUUUUUUUUUUGGUGUCACAUGCAUGUAGUCAAUGCAUGUAACCUGCAAUAAAAUGCAGCAACAAUCAGAUCAGAGCUUUAAGAAAAUGUAAUCCGGUUGAUUCUGCAGGCGUCGCUCCUCUUCCUGUCUAAUACCAUUAGUGCUGACUGGAUUCACCAGAGACGUUGCUGUGUCAGAUUGUUUGGACAGGAUUCCCCACGCAGACAACAAACUCAUCAGUUUCAAGGGGCCGGUUGCCGUGGUGACAGGGUGAUAAACUUUCACAAAAGCGAUUCGGGCCCCACCCUGCUUUUCACUUUGAACUAUUUACUCAGGACCAACAUGUCUCUUUCCUCCAUCCUUUCUGCUGAGGCCAUUGAAAAUGCUGUCAAGGACUGUCAAGCUCCCGACUCCUUCUCCUUCAAGAAGUUCUCCCAGCUGUGCGGCUUGUCCUCGAAGACACCCCAGGAGAUCAGAGAUGUCUUCCAGAUCCUCGACGAGGACAACAGCGGCUACAUAGAAGAGUCUGAGCUCAAGUUCUUCUUGCAGAGGUUUUUACCCGGGGCGCGGACCCUGACCGAAGCAGAAACCAAGAGUUUCAUCUCAGCAGCUGAUGAUAACAGUGAUGGCAGAAUUGGAGUAGACGAAUUCCAAGCUAUGGUCCUGUCCUGAGUUUUAUAAAGGAGAAGAAUAUGUCACAUCUUUGGCUGUUUCAACAUGUCUGGAAUUUUCCGAUCCCACUUUCUACACCAAGGACAAAUGCAGUUUUCUGAGCAAUUCUGUUCAUGUGAUACUUUUAAAUUGCUUUCUGUUAUAAAAAAAAAAUUAAAGGAAUUUUAAGGUAUCUUUUCAUUCUGUCACUCCAAGAUUACUUGUCUGUCAACACUUUCCCUUGAAAAUGAAUACGAUAAAUAAACAUGUAGAAA